AUGUUUUCCGGGAUUCCAUCGAGCCGCUGGCGCUUUCUCCCCCUUGCAGAGGGAUGGAGAGUAUGGGUCCAAACAGCGGAGAGCCGCGACUUUCCUUCACAACGCGGCCGUGCUCAAAUGAAGGGAAGCGGGAUCAUCCGUUGGCUGUCGGAUAUUGUCAGAGACUUCAUCCAGGUGCAUGGAUGCUGGUUGUCUGGAGGAGCUGGCGGAUGGGUUUGCCUAAAGGGCUGUUAUGUGAUUUUUUCCACUCGUUCCGCGGCUCGGCUCUGUCUCGUCCGUUGGAGGUUUCUGUGCCUUAGUAUUGGAAGAGCUCGUGUAGCUGUGAGACUAUGGAAGGUUAUUAUUAUUAUUAUUAAUUCGGUGGCUUCUCGUUUCACCCGUGUGUGGUGCUGA